UUUCAUAUCAUUUGCACAUAUGUCAAACAUAUGUUAGUGCCUUCAUCUAGCGAAGAGGAUUCAGACAAUAGUUCGAAUGCUGUAGAAGAGGGAGGAGAAGUUGCCACGGAUGUAUUACAAGUUCCACUUAAUACAUACACAGCGUCUCAAAGCUUGCAUGGCCUUCCUAUACAAAGUCGCAGUAUAUCACCUUCUCAUGAGAUAAAUUCACAUAUUUCUUUGAAUCAAUUCAACAUUCCACGGAAAAUUGGCGGAUCAGAAACUGUUUCCAUAUCGUCUUCUACAAUGUUUAGACCUAUUAGUCCAAGUCCUUCUAUUUUGAGUGAAAAAGAUAGAAUUAGUAUUAUCAUGGAUGAAAGUCAAGAUAAAAGUGAAGAAGAGCAUAAAAGGAGACUACAAAUAUAUGUUUUUGUUGCUCGUUGUAUAUCAUAUCCAUUUAAUGCAAGACAACCAACAGAUAUGACACGUAGAUAUUAUAAGGUGACCAAAUCAGGUUUACAACAAAUUAAAGAGAGAUUUUCAAAUUUUUUGAAUGUAGACAGCAAUCUUGCUGUAGAUGAAGCAUUUUAUAAUGCAAUUCAACAUUAUUUUGAUGUAUUUCUAAAGAGUGAUCGAGUAUUAAAGAUGGUUACAACAGGUGGAUGUUCAACAAAUGAUUUUAGAGAAAUUUUUAAGGUUCAUAUUGAUAAAAAAUUAAAGAUUUUGCCAAAUAAAGAAGGACUAAAUAAAGAUAUGGCAUUAUCUGCCUAUAUGAAUAAAUAUGAUGCCUUAUUCAAAGGUGGAACUUCAUUUUCAUUGAAUGAAGAUGGUAAAAAAUUAUCAACUCAACAAUCUUUAUCAGCUUCCUCCCGUUCACAGCAUCAAUCAUUUAUGCAAUUUCAAACAAAUAGGCCUAGUGCAGAGACUGCAUUAAACAAGGAGCAACUUUUUGACAUGUUUCAACAAAUAUUAACUAUCAAAAAAUUUGAGCAUCAACUUUUAUAUAAUGCAUUGCAACUAGAUAAUCAAGAUGAACAAGCAGCCACGAUCAGAAGAGAAUUGGAUAGCCGUUUGCAGAUGCUGGAAAAAUGCACAAAAGACAGAAAACUAUUACCGAAAUUCGUUUUGCAAAAAGAGAUGGAAAUACUAUACUUCGACGAGGUGAGAAAACAGAUCAAUCAGCUGAUGGUUAACUUGGAGAGUUUACCUGUUUCUAAGACAGCUACCGAUUCCAAAUAUUCCUUACAAAAGUUCAAAGGAUACCAUCACCAUCAUAGAUCUACCGCCUCCUUGAGCAAAAUGGAUUUUAUGGAUGGUAACGAAAAUUCUUUGUCCAAAACAGACGUCGUGCUAUCUUUCAAUCUUGAAGUAAUCGUGAUGGAAGUAAAAGGCUUGGUUAAUUUAAAUCCCAACCGUUUGAUAUAUUGCACUAUGGAAGUGGACGGUGGAGUCAAACUCCAGACAGAUAUGGCAGAAGUUUCUAAACCCUGUUGGGAUAGCCAAGGCGAUUUCGUUACUGCCCACACUCUUCCUAUAAUAAAAAUUAAACUCUACGCCAAAAAUGUGAAGAUGCUAAAACUCGAAGACAAAGAACUGGGAAAAGUCGUCAUCAAGCCCACACCUUUCUCCUCAAAAAUGCCCGAAUGGUACAAAAUGUUGGCUCCCAAUGUUAAAACUUCUUCACAGUCGACCAAAGAUAAUGCCGCAUCUCUACCUAACUCAGAAUCUAGUCUCAAAAUCAAGGUGACUAUUAGGAUGGACAAACCGCAGAAUAUGAAACACGGAGGAUACCUUUACGCCAAAGGAAGCAAAAAUCUUUGGAAAAAGUGGAGAAAACGGUACUUUGUACUCGUUCAGGUUUCUCAAUACACUUUCGCUAUGUGUAGCUAUCGUGAGAAAAAGGCUGAUCCUAGAGAAAUGAUGCAACUAGAUGGUUUUACCAUUGAUUUCGCUCAAUCUAUCCCAGGUUUGGUAGGUGGCCAUUACUUUUUUACCGCGGUUAAAGAAGGUGAGAAUAUCGUUUUUGCCAGCGAAGAAGAGAACGAUAGAGCUCUCUGGGUACAGGCUCUAUGCAGGGCCACCGGUCAGUCGCACAGACCCAUUCCACCUAGCCCCUUAAUGAACGAUAAAGAGAGUGAUAGAAUAAGGAAGCAUGGAAUGGAUGACCUCGUUCAAGCUGAUCCAUGCAAAUUUGAUCAUAAUGCCUUAUUCACACUCGUUCAAAAAUUAACCUUGGAUCACCGGCUUGGGGAACCUAUAGCCUCUUUGGGCUGGUUCAGUCCCGGUCAAAUAUUUGUGCUGGAAGAAUAUUGCAGUAGGUACGGAGUAAGGGGAUGUAUGAGGCACCUUGGCUACCUGGAUAACCUUAUAACCAAGGCUCAAGCCGGGGUCAUGAUAGAUCCCACUCUCUUACAUUAUUCCUACGCAUUUUGCGCUUCCCAUGUUCAUGGAAAUAGGCCAGACGGUAUAGGUACAGUUUUAUACGAAGAAAAGGAGAAAUUCGACUUGAUAAAGGAAAAGAUUAGAAUACUUCUAGAACAUCAGAUCACAAAUUUUAGAUACUGUUUUCCUUUUGGAAGGCCCGAAGGCGCUUUAAAAUCUAGUCUCUCCUUAUUAGAAAGGGUUUUGAUGAAAGACAUAGUAACUCCCGCUCCGCCAGAUGAUGUUAGAAAUAUUAUCCGGAAAUGUUUAGAAAAAGCCGCGCUCGUUAAUUACACAAAAAUUUCAUCGUUUUCACAAACCGAAGUUAUCAAUUCAACAACAGCUCCCAUCAAAAAGAAGAUAGAUGGUCUGAUAAACCUGGCCGAAAUGUGCAUAGAGCUACUGCAGCAGAAUGAAGAAUAUCACGCUGAAGCCUUUUCUUGGUUCAAAGAUCUUAUGAUAGAGCACGAAGAAAUAUUUUGGUCACUUUUCGCAGUAGAUCUCGAUUCUACUCUCGAUUUCCUUAAUCCUGAUUCCUGGGAUGCUUUCCCCCUUUUUCAGUUACUAAAUAACUAUCUCACUAAAUCAGAAACACUUAACAACGGAAAGUUUCACCAACACUUGCAAAACGUUUUUGCACCCAUGGUCGUGAGAUAUGUGGAUAUCAUGGAAUCCUCCAUAGCUCAAUCCAUUCAUCGUGGGUUCGAACGAGAGAAAUGGGAGACCAAAGGUAACGGCUGCACAACAUCUGAAGAUAUGUUUUGGAAACUUGAAUCCCUCCAAACUUUUAUAGAACAACUUAAAUGGCCUGACGAAGUUUUCGCUAAGCAUUUGGAACAACGGCUUAAGCUUAUGGCCGCAGAUAUGAUAGAAUCAUGCGUGGCCAGGACUUACAAAAGUUUUGAUGCCAUGCUAAGUCGAGGCAAAAAAACUACCGAUUACGUUUUACCUUUAGAAAUUUGUACGAUGAUCAACGUGCUUCUCGAUGCUAAAAAUAGGAGUAUGAAACUAUGCGCAGUAGACGGUGCUGAUAUGCACCAAUAUCAUACAAAAAUUGACGAAUACCUUGAUACUAUACAGGAUAACAUGCAACAUUUAUUAAUCGAAAAAUUAAAGGAAGUUUUGAUGGGUGUUCUCCUUAAAUUAGCCCGUUACGAUGAAAAUAGUUUGUUCUCUUCCAUUCUAACGCUAGCGAAGCCAACAAAUGAAUUGGGCAUAGCCUAUGUUUCUUUCAUGCGAAACUGCUUAGAUCAAUUGCGACAGAAAGUCAUAGAUGACCUAUACGUGCUAAAAAUAUUUGAGAAUUGGUAUACGGCUCAAAUGAAUAUUAUAUGUGAUUGGCUCACUGAAAGAAUUAACAUAUCCCUGCAUCCCUAUCAAUACACAUGCCUCAUGUAUAUUGUGAGGAAAUGCUUUACAGAUUUUGAACUUCAAGGAGUUCCCGAACAAACUUUAAAUAGCAAAACACUUAGCACUGUUCAAGCCAGAUUAAAACUUGAGGAAGCUGCCAUCUCCAUCUCCCAAGAUGACAACAAUUCUACACAUUUUUUUUCAGAUAACUCAUAAAAAAUUUAAUCGAUUUUUCGCGUAAACCCAUAUUAUAAUAGCAAAUGAUUUCUUCUUGAACAACAUUCUAGCCUUAAUUAUUCCAAACUCUUGUUAAAUAUUUUAUAUAAUCAUAUUUCUCAACUGACUACUUACAAGUAUUUUUAAAUUAACAUUCCAGAUAUUUUGCCAUCCAUUUUGGACCAUUAAAUUAUAAAUCAUUACUAUUAUAAUUUUUUAAAAACAACUUAUCAUAACAAGUUUCAAUAUUCCAAAAAUUAAAUUUCCCCUGAUCUAUUUAUUGCUCUAUCUAUAUUAUGACGUGAUCAAAAAUCAAGUGCUUUUUUAAAAAAAAUAAAAAAUUUAAAACACCGACCAUUUUUACAUGUACUCAAACUUAUAAAUAUUAUAUUUGAAAAAGAUUCGAGAAUCAAAGUGCAAUAUCAGUUUAUAAAUGCUACAUGUUCAAAAUGUAUUAUCAAUUCUUUAAUUUUUUUAAAUAUAUCUCGCGUCUCUUGAUUGUUACAGAGUUUUUUAACUUCACAUUUGGUCGAAAUUGAGUUAGGGUUAAUAUUCUAAGAGGCCACCUAUUCCCCCUUACAGUAGACUAAAAAAAAUCAAUGAUUUUAAAUGUUUUUAAUGUAAUAUAAUUAUAGUUGUUUUUAUUAUUUUUACCAAACAAAAUGUAAAAUUGAUUGAAAUGGAGUUGGAACCUAUAAUUAUCAAGCAACAUGCUAAAAUUAUUUCAAUUAAGUGCAAUAAAAAAUCAAAUAUAUUUUAUAUUUUAUUUUUACAAAUUUAAACUUCUGAAUUAUAGCUAGUGUAUUACUUUUUAUA